AUGAAUAGCACAUACACAAAUAAACUCAUGCCACAUCGGCCGUCGCGUGGUGCCAUCAGCCGGGUCGCCUUACUUGCUGCAUACAGCAGGGUGGUUUCUGUGUUGACUCAAGAUGCUAGUGUAUCCAACGAAGACGAUGAACGCGAAAUUUCACCACCCUCAACGGGGUCCACCGAAAUAGACCCUACCAAAGGAUCACCUCAUAUUCAGGCUGUCGUGGCUCUGACAAGCCCUCCUUACGGGUUGUAUACGGAGCAACGUGAUAUCAGUUUCCCCGCGAACAAGCGUUCUUCGCUGGUUGCUGCUUUGAUCAACACUCAUGAAGGAACCACCCUGCCUCGGUUCACCUUGGAUUUGCUAGAGGGUUCCCUACAUUAUCCGGGCUAUUACAGCUACCAUAUACAAAACUUCACGCGGGUUCGACUACAGAACACCCUAGAACCUGGUCAAGAGGGUUCUCUGUCCUACAGCUUCAAACCUGCUGCUGAACUUGCCGGGCGCUCCUUUGACCUAUGUGUUAGAGUGUAUUAUCAUGAUGAGAAUGGGAUCUACUACGUCCAUCCGCUGUUCAACCAAACUGUAAAUUUGUACGAGGUGGAGGAAGGAAUCGACACGGAACUGCUUUUCCUUGGCGUUCUUGUCGUGGCCGUUGGAAUUGUGCUGUUGGUUGGCAUUUGGCACUGGUGCAGUUCUAAAGCCGCUCGACGACUCACGCACCAUAAAGUAGCGAAAGUCGACGAAACAAACGGUGAUAAGGCAAUGGAAAACGAAUAUAUGGCUAUCUUAGAUGGCAAGAAGAUUACAAAAACAGGCCCAGUACUUAAGACUGAUGACUCCGUUCGUCUUGCAUCGGUUUUGCGUGCAGCAUCUGCUCAUCACAUGGCACCGAAAUCCUCAGGCAUCUCGAAAUCAAUCUUCAAGCCCCGACACCUAGUCUAUCUGGCUACCUUCAACGUGCGCACUCGAAGCAUGCGGGACAACAAGCUGCUUUCUUUCUCACACUCAACUCGCUUGGAAUCGAUGUGUGCUGUCUCAGAAACAAGAAUUCAAGAUGCAAGCACAGUGAUUGAGCUAACCGCCCCAUCAAUCUCCACUAGUUUCCGAUUAUGCACAUCUGGUGAUCAAGAUGCUACUGCAGCAGGAUGUGCAGGUGUUAGUAACGUCCUGAGUCACCGAUCGAAGUAUCCUUGCUUGACUGGAUACCCGUUGAUAGUCAACUUUGUGCGGUUCGUCUGGAAACGUCUGUAG